GCCAAAGUGGGCGGGUCUACGGGGCCUGGGGAGUGAUAAAAACACAGCUGAGACUAGGCUCGAGCAGGUGGGAGCGGUAAGCAUUUCACAGACUGAGAGUAGCAGCCUGCUGUGGUUCAGAAUCUGCCUGGUAACAUCAUGGCUCUGCAGCCAUCUGAAAAGCACUGCUGGGUGUGUUUCGCCACAGAGUGGGAUGACCCCAGUGCUGAGUGGCUGAGUCCCUGCAGGUGCAGAGGAAGCACUAAGUGGGUGCACCUGAUCUGCUUGCAGUACUGGCUGGACACGAGACUGAGGGUGAGCCAGCAGCCAAUCAGAUGUCAGCUGUGUGAGGUGGCGUACUCUGUCAUCUUCCCGCAGAUGGGCCCACUGGUGGACUCUCUGCGAGUGGUGGACAGAACGUUGACGGCCAUCGGUCCAUACGGGACCCUUGGGUUGCUGGUUGGGACGGCGUACUGGACAGCUCUGAGCUACGGCGCCGUGACGGUCGUGCAGGUUAUGGGACGGGCAAAUGGUAUGACAGCAAUGCAGGGAGCCAGCCCUGUGCUCCUGCUCUCCGGCCUCCCCGCCAUCCCCGUACUGCUCAUUCUCGGGAAGACCGUCCGCUGGAAUGACUGCGUCAUGAAGCUGUGGCAGAAAUGCUGCUACGAACCAAAGCUGCCACCAGAUAACCGGUGGUACCUGCCCCCGAUUCCUGUGGAUGAGCCCAGAGGGAAGCGUCAGUUCCUGACCUCCAGGAUGCUUUGCGGCGCACUCAUGUUUCCCUCCAUUGCUGUUCUAACUGGGCGGCUACUGUUCCCAUCUGUGACCUCUCACCUGCAGCGUGCCUUGCUGGGUGGCAGUGCCUACAUCCUUCUCAAAGGUGUGCUGAAGGUGUACUUCACACAGCAGCUGUUCAUCAUGCACGCCGGCAGACGCAUCCUCAACUAUGGCGACGUACAGAGAGCAGAGUGCCACAGGCAUGGCAGCGGCAAUUAGAAACGGAGCUGAUGGUGCAAAAUUGUUGGGGGGUUUUUUUUUUUUUUUUUUUUUUUUAAACUGAAUCCUGGAGGAGUUUAAACUGUAUUUACCAGACAAUGUGAACACUGACACUGCGUCUUGCCUCACUCUGAUCAAAUGAUCUGCAAUGCGACCUCAAGCUGAACCUGCUCACGAUGUUAUGAAGCCCAGUGGGUGAGAAUCAGACUGUAACAGGACUAUGGUGUUUCUGGUUUAUUUAAACUAGCUGAUUGCUCUGACUGCAGUCUGUCAGCAGCUCCGUAUGGAUUAUUUUUAAUAAAGCGUUUUUUAAAUAAAAAAAUAAAAA